AUGCCAACUGAUGAAGGUCACUGGAAUACAUUCAAUAUUCGCGCUCUACGGAAGACUCUGCAGAGCCACCUCUCACUUUCCGACCUUCGACCGGCCAAUGUUGUACCCCCCGGUUACCACCAAGUGUCGUUCAACAGCCUGCCCUACGAACAAGAGCUAGGCCAUGACGGUGCUGAGAAGCGCCAUGCUCCCAGCGACGAAUGGAAGUAUCGAGUCUGGGCUGGAGGCUAUAUGGAGUUUCAGAUUCCCAGCAUAUGGACCGCCAGGCCGAACCUGGUCGCUGUCAAGGAAAGGAUUACAGACACGCGGCUAGUUGGCGACUUUGCUAGCGAAAACGCGAAAGUCUUUGUCACGUUAACAAGGACCCUUUUCCCCGCCAUGGUAGACUCCCAGGGGAAGCCCGUGCUUAGAAGGCUGGGAGGCCUCCGAGCCGCGAGCAGAAGAGACAACAUCGUGCUCAAAGAAGAAAAGUACCUUUGCUUUAUGCGAGAGAUCCCAGAGAGUCUGAAAUCGAAGGCUUCGGCGCGCAGACGACUGGCGCCUCCUUCUAACCCAGUAUACUCCCAAAACAUGACCCCUUCACCAACGCUGCUGUUCCGAUUCAGCGCACUGACAAGAAACGCUCAUGCCAUACAUCUCGACGCGGAAUAUACCCGGCAGGUAUACGGUCUCCCCAAACUCAUUGUACAUGGUCCACUCACCUCUGUCCUCAUGUUGGAUAUCCUUGGUGAAGCUCUCGCCCUCUACACCGUCGGAAAACCGUACGCCUUCGCUAUUCGGACAUUCCAGUACAAGAAUCUUCUGCCGCUUUUUGUGAACGAACAGAUCACGAUUGCCUGCAAGAAAUUGCACGAUGUUCAACCACAGGGGACGAAGUUUAGGACAGCAUUUGGAGGAGUGACAUGGGAAAAAUGGGAGGUUUGGAUUCAGAAAGGAGUGGGAGAAGAUGCGACCACGGCGGUUCGAGGGUCUGCCUGGGUUUCGCCGGUCGUGCAUCCCGGCUCCGAGGCGUCGGCGGAUGCUGCUGAUGAGGUAUCAGCUCCGUCGAGCGUGGACUCGCCAAAUCCAAACCUACAUGGAGAGGAGGAAGAGCAAGCUAUCCAUAAAGUUUCAGAAGAGAAGCUUCCUUGA